AUGAGCGGCGCGCAGGCGGGUGGCGGCCCCAUGCUGGCCGCCAGCGGCGCCACCCUGGCAUUCCUCAAAGAGCUGGUGGCCUCUUCCAUUGAGAGCGAUGACGUGGGGCCGCUGGUCAAGGCGGUGUUUGAGGUGGCGCCCGCGGGCGAGCCGCUGCCGCUUCCGCCCACCCGCGACAGCGAGUCGGCCACCACCAGCCAGGGGGAUUCGGGGCAGGCGGUGCCGCAGGGCAGCGUGCUGGACAGCGUGCUGGAGCUGCUGCAGGAGGUGGCAGAGGAGAAGGAGGCUGAGAUACAGCAGAUCUGCAGGGCGAAUGCGAGGGAGAUAGCGGGGGCGAUGCACGAGCUGGGCGCCAUGCAGCGCUCCACCGCGGCGCUGCGCCAGCAGCUGCUGGCCAGCAACGCCACGCUGCAGGCGGCGGGCACCUCGUUUGCGGGGAGGCUGGAGGAGGUGCAGGAGGUGGUGCUGCUGCAGCAGAAGGUGGCGGCAGCACGCACGGCGGUCAGCGUGGCGUUGCAGGUGCUGGCGCUGUGCGCCAGGGCUGCCAGGUACAUAGAGGGGAAGCAGCUGUUCAAGGCCUUCAAGACUCUGGAGGCAGUACAGCGGGACCACGGCGCCGUCCUGCGGGGUUCCGGCGGCGGCUACCUCCCUCUGCUGCCCACCGCUGUCGCCACCAGCGCAGGCGCCGCCAGCAGGGAGGGAACGCCGCUGAAGCCGGCGCCUGGGGGCGCUGCCGACGGCGGCGGCGCCGCCGGCGCCAGCAGCAGCAGUGCGGCAGACCAGCUAGGCCUGCUGGCGGGCUUCCUGCGGGAGCGUGUGGCUGAGCUUGUGGCUCUGCUGGAGCAGCGGGCCAUCGCCGACUUCAACAAUUGGCUGGCCAAUGUGCGCGCCCAGGCACGGACCAUCGGCAUGCGGGCCAUCCGCUGGGCCGCCUCGGAGCGGCAGCAGGAGGAGGCGCUGACGCGGCAGCGCAAGCUGCUGCUGCCGCAGCUGGAGGGGCUGCAGGACAUGCGGCAGGCGGGGGCGCUGGUGGCGCAGUCCCUGACGGCGGCCAGCCUGCGCGAGCCGCCGCCCGCCACGCCGCUGCCGCUGCCCGCCGUGCUCGGCUCCCCCGGCGCCGGCAGCCAGCAGGAGGCAGCCCCUGGCGGCAGCAGCUCGCCGGGAGCCGGCAGCAGCAGCCCCGCCGGCUCCAGCGGCAGCACCAGCGCCAGCGCCACCGCUGCCCGCUUUGCGGCAUUCAAAGCGGCGCGGCAGGCGGCAGGCUCCUCUCCCGCCAGGACUUCCAACAGCCCCGCCGCCGCAGCGCGGGCAGCAGCAGCAGGAGACUCCUCGCCUCCCGGCACGGCAGCCUCCUCCAACACCCGUGCGGCUGCAGCAGCGGCGGCGGCAGCGGCGCAGACGCCGCCGCCGCAGGCGCAGCUGCGGGGCGUGCAGCGCUCCGACACCUUCCAAGUCACAGGCGACCUACUGGAAGGUGUGGACAUGGCGCCGCUGCACCGCUGCGUGCACAUCCACGCCUGCCUGGGCCGCCUGCCCCAGUUUGCCGACUACUAUGCACAGAAUAGGCGGCAGCAGCUGUCUGCUGACCUGGCGCUGCACCAGGGAGACUUCCUGGCCCACUACCAGGCCUACCUCACCCAGCUGGCGGGAUUCUUUCUGGUGGAGGAUGCGGUACAGGCGGCGGCAGCCGGCGCCGCCGGGGAGCCGCUGGACAUCGUGGCGCAGGUGGAUGCGUCGUGGGACGCCGCGGUGGCGGCUCUCAAGGCCGUGCUGGAACCGGCCUUCCGGGGCGCCACCGCCGCCGCCGCCAUGCUGACGGUCAAGGACUUCAUGCUGCUCGUCUGCCUGGCCCUGGACCACUGCGGCUACCAGACUGUGGCGGUGCGGGAGGUGCUGAUGAACAGCCGGGCAACAUAUCACGACCUGCUCACGGCAGCCACCACCACAGCUGUGCAGGCGGCUGUGUCGCGGGACAGCCUGGCGCCGGUGGAGGUGGGCAGCCAGGGCAAGGCGGCGGAGCUGUUCCGCCAGCUGGCGCUGCCGCCCACCUUCCGGGCAGAGGAUGCUGAGAAUAAGCGGCCGCCUUUCAAGGCGCCCUUCUCUGCUAUGGUGCCCGACCUGGUGCGGGCGAUUCGGGGGCACAUUGUGGACUCAGUGGCCUACCUCAAAGGGCUGCUGACGGCGGGCGAGGUGGUGCCCGCGGCGCGGCAGUACCGCGACCGCAUGCUGGUGCGGGUGGUGGUGGGCGCGCUGCGGCAGCGGCUGGAUGCCGCCGCCGGCGACACGCAGCUGCCGGUGGCUGUGGGCCUGCAGCUGGUGGCCAAUGUGGCUGCCCUGGUGUAUGCCCUGGUGCCGCUGGAUGAUUUCCUGGUGGCUCAGGCCCGGGGCGAGACGUCGGGGACGACGGCCGCGCCCGCAGCUGCGGCUGCCCUGGGCAGCAGGAGCCCCAGCCCUGGGCGCCGCAGCCGCAGCCGCUCCCCCGUCAAGGCACCCGCAGACGAGCACCGUGGCCGGCAGCAACAGCAGCAGCAGGGAGGGUCGGGAGACGCCGGGGCAGCACCGGCAGGCGGCGGCGCCAGCCCCGGCCCUCGCCCUUGCUCCCGCUCCCGCAGCAGGGGCAGCAGCCACGGCAGCGCACCUUCUCCAGCUGGCUCGCCCCCAGCGGCAGCACCGCUCGCUGCGGCAGGCAGCCAGCCGCAGGCAGCCAGCAGCAGUAGCCAGCAGUCGGGCCACACUGUGCUGUCCUUUGCCGCCAGCGGCAGGGCUGGCGCCGGCGCCGCCGGCUCUGCUGCGGUAGGCAGGCCCGCUGGCACCUUCCAAGCCCUACUCACUUCAGCAGAGGCGCUGGUGGUUCAGGCGGCGGCAGCCAAGGCGGCUGCGCUGCUGGCAGCGGGGGAGCAGCUGGAGUGGGCGCCCGAUGAGCAGCAGCCCAGCACGGCCUACAGCCCACACAUCGACGAGCUCAUCAUCGUGGAGCGCAUGCUGCGCGGCCUGCUGCGCUACAUCGCCGAUGCCAUCAUGCUGCAGCUCAUGUCGGACGCCGUCCCCGCCUUCAACAUCUUUGGCCUGCAGCGCCUGUUCAGCGACCUGGGCGGCCUCAGCCGCACGGCGGGCAGCAUGGGGGUGCCCGGCCUGGCGGAUGAGCUGGCGGAGCCGCUGCUGUUCUGCGAGAUGAUGGUGUUUGGCAGCCUGGAAGAUCUGCUGAGCCCCGAGCAGCGUGAGCCCGGCGGGCGGCUGGCGGCGCUGGACCUGCGGCGCAUGGCGCUGGUGCUGGAGAAGUAUCGGGAGCUGGACAAAGCCUCCGCCUUCUCCUCCAUGCACAAGAGCAAGCAGGCCGAGCGCUUCAUCAGCCGCAAGACGGUGGACAAGGUGCUGCGGGAGCUGCGGGAGCAGACGCGCGGCAACUCGCGAGCCUCCUCCAGCGCCGGCUCCUUCACGGCUGCCCAGGCCGGCGGCGCCAGCCGUGGCGGCAGCUUCACCACCGCCACCAGGAGCGGUUGA